AUGGCCGACUACUUCCCAGAGUACUCGGCUUGGCUAAGCCAGUUCGAGCUGUUGAAAGAGUGCUGCGACAUUCCUGGGACGGUUACAUUUUGUCAGGAACAUCCCGGGACUGUCAACAAUCGCAAGCACAACUUGCAGGGCAACUGCUUCUUGCAUCAGAUCGCGUUUUGGGGCGUCUCACAGGACAUUGUGGAGCAGUUCAUGCACCUGGGCAGCGACCCCACCUUGCGCAACUACAACAACGACACGCCGAUGGACAUGGCCACGCGAGAGGGGCACGCCAACACCGCACAGGCUUUUCGCGAGGUCUUUGGGGAGCCUCAGGCAUGUGACCAGCAGAAGGCAGACUUCCUGACCGCCGCGAAGACUGGCGACUUUGUGAAGUGCUUCGACCUGCUGAGGGCCCACCCCUGGCUGCGCAACGUGCAGAGCUACAAAGGGUGGUCGGUACUCCACCAAGCUGCCUACCACGGCGUCUCCAGUCGUUUGCUCACCCGGCUUUUGGACCUCGGAGUCAGUGAGGACCUGAAGACCGUGGAGGGUGCGACUUUUCUGGACAUCCUCCAAGAGCAUCAUCCCAACCACGGCUUCUUGGCCAACUCGGAGAGCCCCAGCGCUUCGCGCCUGGGAGUAGGAUCCCCCGUGAUGCUCAAGGGUGGCGGCCGGGGCGUGCUGAGCUCAGUUUCGGACCACUUCGUGCAGGUGCAGUUGCAGAGUGGCGAGGUGGUGGACUGCCUGCGAUGGCAAGUCUGUAGGGUGCCGGCGUCCAUGCAGGACGACGCAGACGACUUGAUCGGCAUGCACUGCUUGUCGUGUUGGUCCGGCAUUCCGCCGACAUGGACCGUAGGUGCCGACUGCCAGGGUGAACCCCACGGCCUAUGCGCCGAGUGUCGGAACGCAUGGAUGUGGUCUCAGUACAACGCAUGCAACGUCCCUCUUCGUUGCACAGAAUGUGACAGCAUUUGCUCCACAGACCAUCUCCGCACUUUGAUUACAAGAGGCACCCUCAGGAGCUGGGAGGAGCAGAAGGACAUGUUCCACACCUCCAUGAGUUACGAAGAGUUCCUGCAAGCACUCGACAACCGACUGGCCGAGAUGGGGGACAUCGAGACAAGAGUCAGCCUCAUCCGGGAACUCAUCAACAAUCACGAGACGACGCCGGAGCCCAUCAUGUACUGCGAUGUGGAAGGAGCCCCAGCCUUUCGGGUUUGCCGCCGCUGCGCGAGCGUCAUCGAAUACGAGAGCCAGUGCAAGCACAUGACCUGCAGGUGUGGGUACAGCUUCUGCUGGCUGUGCACCAGGGAGGAAGACGAACACCAGGAUGGAGAUUGGUGCUACACCCGCCCAUGCGAGAUCGCGCCCAGAGAGAGCGAAGAAGUGAUUCGGCACAUCCUGCACAACCCAAGGUGA